AGGUGGUGUACUGGGCAUAAAUAUUAGUAUCUAUUAAAAGCUUAAGUUUACUCGUAAUUUUCAGUUUAUUAAAAGAAGAUCUGUUUUAUUUCAAAGUGAAUGUGGGAGCACCAGGAAUCAGCUGGGGGUGUGUAGCUGCUGAGUGGUGGGUAAAGUUUGUUUUACUUAAUUACUCCAUGUGACAUAGGUAGCUAAUUGUGUGUUCAUGCUUUUAUAUAGUGUUUGCCUUGAUGCUGAAGGUGCUGUGAAGGAGAUUGAGUUCUGGCCUUCACAUUUACUACUAAUUGAAAUUAAAAUAUUAUAGGAUUUCUCCUGAAAUCUAUGAAAGAGGUGAAGCACAAGCCAUCCUGAAGAAUCUCCAGAACACGCAGAAAUUGUUUGAUACAUUUAACAGACAGAGGAAACCAAGUCCCAACAUGGAGAAACAUCAGCACUCUGUCAAGAGUUUCACUAAACAGAGUGAUCUCAAACUGCAUCAGCGCAUUCACACAGGAGAGAAACCGUAUCACUGCUCAGACUGUGGGAAGAGUUUUACUGAAAAGAGUAAUCUCAGAAGACACCAGCGCAUGCACACAGGAGAGAAACCCUAUCACUGCUCAGACUGUGGGAAGAGUUUUACUCAAAAGUUUGAGCUCAAAAAUCACCAGCGCAUUCACACAGGAGAGAAACUGUAUCACUGCUCAGACUGUGGGAAGAGUUUUAAUCUACAGAGUAAUCUCAAAAUACACCAGCGCAUUCACACAGGAGAGAAACCGUAUCACUGCUCAGACUGUGGGAAGAGUUUUAAUCAACAGAGUCAUCUCAAAAAUCACCAGCGCAUUCACACAGGAGAGAAACCGUAUCACUGCUCAGACUGUGGGAAGAAUUUUACUGAACAGUGUACUCUCAAAAUACACCAGCGCAUUCACACAGGAGAGAAACCGUAUCACUGCUCAGACUGUGGGAAGAGUUUUUCUACACAGAGUAAUCUCAAAAAACACCAGCGCAUUCACACAGGAGAGAAACCGUAUUACUGCUCAGACUGUGGGAAGAGUUUUACUCAACAGAAUCAUCUCCAAAAACACAAGUGCAUUCACACAGGAGAGAAAACUAUCCAAAAUUUGUUCCACGGCAAUUAAAAGUGCAAAUCCUAAAUCUUUCAGACAGAACACCUUAUCCUACACUAAUGUAUUACUCUAUCACUUGGGACUCGUUUCACCAGAAACAAACAUGAACUGAAUUUAACAAUCGAUUUUACAGGUUCAGCAAAAUUAUUCUUAUCCAGGGAUGAUGUUUAUUGAAUUUCCUGUUAUGUUUUCUUGAAUGUUCGAUAUUCCAGAACAUUCUUCGUGAGACAGAGCUCAGUUUUUAGGGUAGUUACAGUAAGAGUUCAGUUCUGAAGAAGGGAAUGUCAUUCAAGUUUGAACUACGGCAUUGCCAGAGCUUGCUCCAGACAUUAGAUUAGCAUUAGAUUAACAUAGUCUUUAACAUUUAGAUGUCAUAGUUGUUGGGAGUAGAGUAGGAUUCUUGCAACUAAAUGAUUUUGUUGCUGGAACACCCACUACACCCACUUUACCUAUUUUUGGUGGCCUAAUGUAAUUUAAUAACUUCCCCCACCUGAACACACACAUACCGCAAACCCCAUCCAGGAUGCACUGGAAUUAGAAUAAAAGCCUUUGUAAAUGACAUAUUUUACUUUUUCAUCUCUCCAGUCCUCUCAAGAGACCUAAAUGCUAGUUGGGUAAACCUUGUAAAUAUUUUGACAUUCCUCCAGCAAACAGUAAUUCAGACAACCGUCAAACUUUGGACUUCUACGACCUUAAAUAGUCACCAUCUGUGAUUGUCUCCCAAAUGAGGUGGACCAACAGUGCCAUCACCAGGACGAAGACCGACUGCCAUUAUAAUACUAUAUAAUUCAACUUUCUAAAAUCCACAGAAACGCAAUCCGCAAAGAGUUACUGCAAUUUAAGAGUUUAUGCUUGGUUAUUCCUGCAAAGCAUUGAGAAAAUAAGACUCAUUUAGUUAAAAGAAAUGUUCAAAGCUUUGGAUUCCAUUCCCAGCCUUGUAAGCUGAAAUUCUGUGGUGUAAACUGAUCUCUCUCACACCCGUCAUGAAUUCUGAUCAACAGGCCAGGCGAAGAGAAUUUCUCACAAAGAAGAACAAAUAAGAAUUUACAUUAACUAAAUAAAAAGUUAUUUUACAGAAUAUUUACUAAAUAAUAUGCCACUUCUGGUAUAUGGGUAUAGAUGCUGUCCUGAUAAAAUUUUCAUACACAGUCAAGUCUGAAUCAACAAGGUUUAACUAGCAUUUGAUAAUUUUGCUUUAUUUUGUUAUUAGUGGUUUAACAAUGUUUGUAUUAUCUUUUCAAUUAUUUAAUUGGGUUGAGUGACUCUUUGUUUUCUUUUUGACAAGGUACCAUCCUUUGUUUCUAAUUUCAGGAUUAUCUUGAAUGUUACCAACCUAUUUGAAGGAAAAACAUAUAAUUUACAUUUAUUGUGAUUCAAUUCUAAGAUUGUUUUCCUUGAAUUAAUCCUCAUGAAUUGGUAUGCUGAAUAUUGUAUUUUGAUCCACUGGUUGAUUAAGUUUUCUUUUGGUUUGGUCUAUUAAUUAAAAAAAUAUGAAAUCUCAGAAAUUGCUCCGAACCCAAUGAAAACACAGACACGUAGGUUGCUCCUUUCCCAAAGCCCACAGAGCCAAUGGUAGCCUUAAGGUUAAAACAGAUUCAGUCAGAGAGUGACAGACAGAGUAGCGGUGGAGAAUGAAAGUGGAGAGUGUCCAGGAUUACGGAUGGAUCAGUUCAGUUCAGCCUUGAGUGGUAGUUGAGGAGUUUGAAGUUUAGCUCCUUUAGUUUAGUUUAGCAUUUUAGCUUCAGUUUAGCGUUAGCUUAGCAUUCUUAGUGCAACUCAUUUAACCUUCUUUAAGCAUAUUAAUACUAGCUUUCUUAGUUAAGACAACUACAUCAGUUUUACGAUCUAUGAAGCCACGCAUUAUGCAUACCAAGUUUCAGCUGAGUAGAGACCAUCAGGCUCAACCCAGAAGCCACCAGUCCGGAAGCGACCAGCAAGCCAGCUGAG